AUGUGCGUCACGUUUGGAAACUGCAUAAAUGCCCUCGAUGCGCCGGGUUUCAGCGACCCUCUGAUUCUAGCCAUGGACGCCAGCCUUCGGAUGUUGCCCCUGCUGAAAAACUUCCCCCUGAUCCGAGACCUCAUCUUCGCUGUGCCUCCAGCCAUGAUCAUGCGCCUCGUUCCCAAUGCCAAGAGACUAGCUCCGCGCCUGUACCAAGUCCGCGAUCUCGUCCAGCAACAGCUUAAAGUCGUCCUCAACUGCCCUGCAAAGCUCGACGCUGUGCCUCACGAGACCCUCUUCCACCGGAUGCUCGACCCGGAAUCAUACAAGAGUAAGAAAGUCCUGAAUCUAACCGAGCUGCACGACGAAGGCUUCACACUCAUCUUUGCGGGGGCCAACACUGUAGCCGAUACGCUGCUGAUGGGCCACUGGCACGCAAUGCAGAACCGGAACCUUCUAACCCAACUGCGAACCGAGCUCCUCACCGUCUGGCCCGACGUCAACAUACAGCCUUCCCUAACAGAUCUUGAGACCCUACCCCUCCUCACAGCAACCCUCAAAGAAUCCCUUCGCUUUAUUCCAUCCGGGGUAUCCCUAACGCGCGUCGUGCCACCAGGAGGCGCCGUGAUAGCAGGACGGCCAAUUCCCGGGGGGACGGUGGUGGGGAUGGCUAUUUUGCACGUGCACCAGAGCGUGGAAGUAUGGGGGAAGGAUGCACUGGUGUUUCGACCGGAACGGUGGCUGGAGAGCGAGCAAGGGAAUGAUCGGAACGGGACGAGUGAAUUGGACCAUUGGCUCGUUCCAUUCAGUCGGGGGCCGCGUAUGUGCUUUGGUAUGAACUUGGCCUGGGCAGAGAUGUAUAUCGCUUUCGCCACCAUGAUUCGCCACUUUGAUUUGACUAUUGACGGCACGACGGACGAAGAUAUGCAAUGGCGGGAGUGCAUCGCGGCUUACUAUCCUCAUAGGCACUUGCAUGCGUGGUGCCGGCCAGUUGAGACUGACAAGAUGAAGGAACGAGGCGGUAUUUAUUAA